GCAGGUCUUGGUUUAUAGCAGUGGACUCCGAGAAGAAUCUCUGCUAAUCAGUUGUGUUUGUUAAACAUCUCUACAUGGCAUCAUACUUGUUGCUACUGUGUAUUUUAAGACACUUUUAAAGCAGCAGGAUCCAUAUAAAUAUCCAUAUUAUGGAUAAAAUGGUACUUGUUACUUGACAUAUUAAAUAGUAAGCAUUCUUUGUGGGAUGGCAUGUGGAUAAAAGCAUAGCCAAGAAAUAUAGCAUUAAUAUAGAUUUAUUCUUCAUGUAAAAUGUAUGCUGUAAUACAAAAUGUAAUGCACGCCUUCCGAUCGUUUCCAGAAUUCAACCUCAAUGUGGUAUCGGUUCUUGAAGUCGAUGUGUUGAAAGCAUAAAUGGGGAUGCGUAGAGCGAUGUGAGCGACAGCCUUGCAAUAUACAGGACUUAUAGGAUCUGUUGGCAAUGUCUUGGUACCAGAUAUCACAGCACACCUUCAGAUGUUUUAUGGAGUCCAUGCCUUGGUGAGUCAGAGCUGUUUUUGUGUCACAAGAGAGAUGUAGACAAUAUAAAGCAGGUGUUUCUAAAGAUAUGGCUGAUUGAUGUAAAUGAUCUGUUGUAAAGGUAAAACUAGGAGAAGGAAAAUAGGAAGCCCAAGGAGGAGGUUUAUGGAUGUAGUGAGGGAAGACAUGCAGGUGGUUGGUUUCAAUGAGGCAGAUGAAGAGAACAGAGUGAUAUAGUGAUGGGUGAUCUGUAAGAAAAUCAAUUAUUAUGUAUCCUAUCUAUCUUGUUCUUUAUAUUCAUGUUGAUAGUGUUUGUCUUUUUACUUAGACAAAUUAUUUUAUUUUGGUCCCCUCUAUAAUUGAGUUGGACAUCCCUGGUGUGCUGGUUCUCUCUAAGGACUCAACAGCGCCCUCUGGCUUUUCCAAAACUUUCUGAGCUCCGUGCGAUUUCCUCCUCCUCCUUGUUUUCACUUCCUGUUUUGUAAAGGGAGUCACUCAACAUACAUUCGUUCAUUUCAGCUCCACGGUGGUGCUUUCCCCCCCCCAGGUUUUUCACCCAGGCGCUUCACUGAAAGCCAGAAUAAUUGUGCUGUUGAUGGAGGAUGGAUUGAUCGACUGGUUGAUCUCUGCGGCCCCGAUGGAUUUCACGUAGAUGUUGUGUAGUAUUGGUUCUUGCUCCCGUUUUUGCUGGAAUGACUCUGGAUCCAGUAGAAAACUUUACAGCUUUUGUUCCAGGAGAAAAAUAAGGUGCCAUGCCGCAGCUGUAAAGUUUGUGUACCGCGGGAUCACGCAAACUUUUUUUGUGUUCUUUUGUUACUUUUUUUUUUUGUCUUUGCCUUUUAUAACUCGACGCGGUGCUGAGCGCUGCCAUGGCCGAGCUGAACGCGGCGCUGUGCUGCUGCUGCCGGAAGGCGCUGCCGGUGCCGGGUAAAGCUCGGGACGGACCUCGGUCGCUCGGCCGCUGCCGGCUGGUAGACGUCGCGUCGGCGUCCAACUUCCACAGCUUCUCGCUGCGCCACUUUCACCUCGACCUGCGGCUGAACUUCGACUUAAAGCGGAUCACAGGCUGGCAGGUCCUGGAGCUGGCGAUCCUGCAACCCGGGGUCCAGGCACUUGUGCUAGACGUCCACCCGUCUUUACUCAUCCAUUCUGUCGACUGCAAGGUCCCGGGGACAUCCGGGUCCCCCGAUACCGUCUUCUCUCUCUCCUACAACCUCGUGCCGUUCACCGACUACGGGUCCUCGCUCCGAAUCGCGCUCCCCGCCGCCUCCAUCCGGCCGCACCGGCCCUUCCGGGUCACCGUCCGCUACACCACCACGGACGGACCUGCGAUCUGGUGGUUGGACACUGAGCUAACGUGUGGUCAAACGCGGCCGUUGGUCUUCACUCAGGGUCACUCAGUGUGCAAUCGUUCUUUUUUCCCCUGCUUUGACACUCCAGCUGUCAAAAGCACCUACUCAGCUACCAUCAGGGUUCCAGAUGGAGUGACGGUGCUAAUGAGUGCCUCCAGGAGUGUGUACUCUAAGCAGGACCGGCUGUUCCAGUUCUCUAUGGAGUACCCUGUUCCUGCCUACUUGGUGGCACUUGUGGCUGGAAAUCUACAGCACGCUGACAUCGGACCCAGGAGCCGUGUGUGGGCUGAGCCCUGUCUCCUGACUUCUGCUGUCAGUAAGCUGGGAGGCAGCGUGGAGCGCUGCCUGGACGUGGCCGAGCAGCUCUUUGGCUCUUAUGUGUGGGGCAGGUAUGACAUUGUUUUCCUCCCUCCUUCAUUUCCUAUCGUGGCCAUGGAGAACCCAUGUCUCACCUUCAUCAUCUCCUCCAUCCUGGAAAGUCAGGAGUUCCUCUUGAUUGACGUCAUUCACGAAAUCGCUCAUGGCUGGUUCGGAAACGCCGUCACAAACGCCACCUGGGAGGAGAUGUGGCUCAGCGAAGGGCUGGCCACAUACGCACAGAGGCGCAUCACUACAGAGGUUUAUGGCGAAGCCCUCACCUGUCUGGAGACGGUCUUUCGUUUGGACGCGCUGCACAGACAAAUGCGUCUUCUCGGAGACAACAAUCCAGUGAGCAAGCUGCAAGCCAAGUUUGAGCCAGGGGUUAACCCCAGCAGUCUGAUGAACCUGUUCACCUAUGAGAAAGGCUUUUGCUUUGUCUCGUACCUCUCACAACUAUGCGGUGACAUCAAAAGAUUUGACACUUUCCUCAAGGCAUACAUUGAACAGUUCAGGUUCAGCAGUGUGGUUGCUCAGGACCUGUUAGAUUUCUUUCUGGGCUUCUUUCCUGAGCUGAAGGAGAGUUGCGUGGCACAGCGGGAAGGACUGGAGUUCGAGCGCUGGCUAAACGAGUGCGGUCCUCCUUUAUGUGAGCCGGAUCUCUCCGCCGGGGGCAUAUUGACGGGGCCCGUCCAGCAGCUGUGUGAACUCUGGGGCACAGAGCCUCUUGACCGUCAAGCCAUUGCGAACUUUGACAUCUCUACAUGGAGCACCUUCCAGACCGUUCUCUUUCUGGACCGGCUGCUGGACCGCUCACCUCUGCCACAAGAAGUGAUGAGUCUCCUAUCGAGCUGCUACUCGGUUCUGCUGGAUGGCAUGAAUGCAGAGGUGCAGAUUCGCUGGCUGCAGGUCGUUGUGAGAAACAGCUUCUAUCCUGACCUGCAUCGCGUUCGCAGUUUCCUGCACAAACAUACCUCACGCAUGUACACAGUGCCUUUGUACGAGGACCUGUGUGGAGGAGUCCUGAAGUGUUUCGCUGUCGAGGUGUUUUACCAAACACAGGACCGCUUGCACCCCAACCUUCGCAAGGCGCUGCAGCAGAUUCUGUUCCAAACCAGCACAGCCAACAACUCCAGCACCCCGGCCCUGGUCGGCCCACCUCAGUCCACUCCGUCACCACCUCCAGACCCACCCACUAAUGGGACCAUGGCCUUGCUGGACGUCAACGUGUCUGCGUGACACUAUAGAGCGCUGCAGUGUAAGUGAACUGAGGAAGGAACGGAGAAGAUUGUCGCAGGAGAUCGGCCUGUGUGUGCACUUGUGUGCGUGCGUGCGCACGUGUGUGCGUUAUCUCCAACACUGGGAUUUUUACAUGCACCUUCAAUAUUCACGUUCAAGCUGCUCAGGUUUUGUGGAAUGAAGUGGAGGACAGACAUGAUGUGUUCAAAGAUGGUUUGUGUGUGUGUGUGUGUGUGUGUGUGUGUGUGUGUGUGUGUGUGUGUGUGUGUGUGUGUGUGUGUGAGAGAGAGAGAGAGAUGAGGGUGCGUAUGGAUGCAUCAGUUAAAGAUUGCCAUUUGUCAAUUCCAUGUUAGUGUGUGUGUACGCGUAAUAAGACGUGUGUGUGAUGGAGAUAGUGUGUGUUUCCACUCUGCCUAUGCACCAGUCUGAAUGUGUUUUGCACCCUUGAAUACUUCUAUAUGCCUCUGACCUCAGAUCACACCAUGUGACCAGUAAUGGACUCAGUAUCAGAGACUGUAAUUAAAAGCCAGGUGAUGGAGAGGAAAAAAAAAAAGAAAAAAAAGCUGCUCAUGGAUUCAACAUAUAUUCUGGCCAAAAAUGAAAUGUACACCAUUUUUCCCUUUGAUGCACAUGCAGAAGAUCUGCUUCCAAGCUUCUUCUUUCCAAGUGUUCUACUUCCUCUUCUUCGCUGCUGCUUCUUCUUUUUUUUUUUUUUUUUUUAUUUAGAGCCCCACAAAAAGCAAUAAAAGCUUUUGGCCUGCAGUUUUGAAAGGAAAAUGAAAAUACAUUCCGAAAUCACACCAGCAUCUAAUGUGCAGCGAGCACUUACUGCAACGCUCCACCUUGUAACACACGUGAAAUAAAUAUUUCUAUUGAAAUAUCA